CGUAAAACGGUGUCUGGUAACUAAAGAGAAGGAAGUUGCGCUGUGCCACGUCCAACAGGAAAAGUGCGGAAGAAAGCAUUUGAUGCGCAUCCAUUUACUGACCACGAAGGCAGCAGCAGCCAAACCUGUAACAGUUCUCCAUUCACUCGCACUGCGUUUGUCCGCACUCGAACUCUGUCAGUGCUAAUGCCAUUUGUGAAUAUGAGAUUGCCUCCAUGACGAGGAUCGCUACAUAACAUGCCGACGCCCACGACCCGCGUGCGAAAACUGAUAGCACUUACCACAAUCCUACUGGCAACUCCGCCCGGAUUCUCUUCAGACAUUAAACUCAAGGUGGACUCAAGAGUGACCGUGUCCGUUUGGUCAAGCUUCAGCGGCUGGGGACUAGAGGUUGACGGCUGCAACAACACUCAACAACAGGCCUGCUACAACCCCCUUGUCAGAUACAACCUUCUCCUGCCCCCUGAGGACGCUCACCCACACAACCCUAAAGAUGGGGAGGGACUCACCCUAACUGUCCUCAACCAAAGGAAUGCUGCUGUCAUCUUUCACAAGGUGUUCCCGCUUGGCUACUACUGGGCGCACUAUGCUGACCUACAGUGGCACUUGGAUCGCGUGGCACCCGGACGCAUCCUCGUCCUCACGGUAGCCGUCUCUGGCACUGUGGGACUCCGCCAAGCAGCCCAGCAACUCGCUGGCCUCGGCUCCCUCUUCGCCUUGCACCUCACGCCCAUGGCACACUGGACCUGGGUCUUCGUCAAGGGCGGCCGCACCAUCUCGGAGACAGUCAUCCUUCAAGGACUAGCUCAACACCAAGCGCACCUCGUUCUGCCCCUCUCCGAUGUACCCACGCCCACUGCUCCCUCCAAUCAAACGCUGCAACAACAACGCUGGCACUACUGCCACCUUCACGCUGCCAUGGGCGGACUUUGCGAUGAGCACACUCCUGACCCACUGCCACCGCCCCCGCCGCCUACCCUCCAGCACCAAUCCGCCCUCGCCGAUGUGCCCGUCGUCGUCACAGCCGGUGCCCGCCACCAGUACCUCUACCACACCCUCAAUACCCUCCUCACUGCCCCCGGGGCACAACGUAACAACGUGCUCGUCGUGCUUGGGGACGCACCACAGCCUACCACACAACUGCUACGUCUCAUCAACGUCAACUUCACCAAAGUUCCUGUUCACGGGGAAGGCAACCUCAAACUCUUCCGUUACUACCGUAGCGUCUUCCAGUUGGUGGCUCGCACCUUCCCCGACGCCCCUGCAGUCAUUUUCCUGGACGAGGACGUCGAGGUCUCCCCAGACUUCUUCUCCUUCAUGAGCCAGACUCUGUGGCUUCUCCGCGAGGACCCCACACUCUACUGCAUCAACGGUUAUGGAGGAUCUAAAGAAUUAUCAUACGAUGAGGCACAGGUUCUCCGUUCCGAUACACAGGUUUCAUGGGGUUAUGCCGUUUCGCUUGACUUUGUGCGCGAAGCUUUGACGUACUGGCAAAUUAAACAGGAGGGCUCUAUGUAUGAUUACUGGCUGUACAGCACUGUGGCCAAAGGUCGUGAGUGCGCAAUGCCUAUUCUGAGCCGCACGCGCCACUAUGGCAUCGGCAUGAAUACUGAAGCCUGGAUUCACGAAUUCUUUUUCCUGAAUAAUCCAACUGUGCAGGUGCCUAUGGUCCAGCUGGAACAAGUGGCCCGACUGCAACUGCCCCUCUGGCGCCAGCACCUUGACAACAGCAUCCGUAAUGCCACGCCUUUGAGAGCUAAUCCCUGCGUUUCCGGGUUUAUUCCAAAGAGUGCGAUCCCCCAAAUUUUGGUGUUUUACGUAAAUAUGGAUAUGAAAAGCGAUGGUUCUCCAGACAUCAGCGAUUACUUUUACGUGGCUCACUGCGUGGGCACGUGGGGCCUCUCACCACAUGGAUUACACGAGGGCGUUCGAACCCUGCAACCCUCCCAACAUACUACACUGCACAUUGUGGGCGUUCCUUACUCAACCUAUUCUUACCUCCGCCCGCCAACCUUACUACCUUGGACAAUGAAGAACAUUAGUGAAUCAGAAAAGGAUAUCAUUCUAGACAACUUUGCGGCUAGGAGUAGGAUCAAUACUGCCAAUGACAAAUUAACAACAGAUGAUUUAGUAAAUUUGUUUACGAACACAGGUCACACUACUAAUGAGUGAGUGAUUUGACUGACAAAUACAUGAUUACAGGAACCGAUGUGACAGCAGGUGAGGAAGCUCACUUUUGCUAAAAAUUGUAAGGAAUUUUAAGUCAGAAACUGAUAGCGAAUGGGAAUGACUGCGUGUGCCGGUCAUAUAGAUAGUGUGGCAAGUAAUCACGUGCAGCUGGCGAUUAAGUUCAUAUUACAAAAGGCCCUGGAAAGCAAAUGAAAACUACUACAAAGUUUUGGUAAUUGUGGACACUGUGGCAGUAACUAAAAGUAUGUCUGCGAGCAAAAGCGAAAACAAGGAAAUGUCUCUAUGUAUGAAAGUACUUACCUUUUACAGAAUAAAAAACAAAAAAGUAA